GUGAUUCAAGAUGGCGUCCAAGAUGGCUUCUUUGUCUGAUGAGAUACAGUACAUCAGUCUCUACACUUUAAGACCUAUUAUCUUGCACUUAUAUCUACUCCCAUUCAUCCCCCUGUAUCUAACAUGGCUGUAUGUAUGGGUAGUGGAGUACGGGAUCAAUGAAUAUUUUGAAGCAGGGCUGAUUGUAGUUGCUAUCAUUGGUUGUGUUCAAAUCUUGUCGUGUCUCUUUUGUCAUUGGUCGGUCCACGUUAGAUCUUUUUUUACUUGUUCAUCGGUGAGUAAUGCUUCUCAAGCAACAGUGAUCAAGGUGGUUCCAACUCCUAAUCAUGGCUGGCCUGAGCUACUCAAUCUACACCAUGAUAGGGACAAAGCAACAGGUAAAGAAAGAAUCUGGUUUAAAUUCCAAAAAGCAAAGUAUGUUUAUGAUGCAGAAGAGAAGAAGACAUUUUGCCCCAUCAUAUUCCCAAUCAAUGAACCAAUAGGUCGUUAUUUGGACUGGAAGGGUUACCAAGAUGAUCAAACAGUGAAAAAUGCUGUGGAUAAAUAUGGUUGCAAUGAGUUGGACAUGGAUGUACCAGAGUUCAUGGAACUGUUCAAAGAACGAGCAACAGCACCUUUCUUUGUGUUUCAAGUGUUCUGUGUUGGCUUGUGGUGUUUGGAUGAAUACUGGUAUUACAGUUUAUUUACCUUAUUCAUGCUUGUUGCAUUUGAAGCGACUUUAGUACAACAGCAACUGAAGAACAUGAAGGAGAUUAGGAAUAUGGGUUCAAAACCUUACCUCAUCCAGGUUUACAGAAACAGAAAGUGGAGACCUAUUCAUAGUAAUGAACUACUUCCUGGUGACAUUGUUUCGAUUGGGAGACCCAAAAAUUCUGAUAUUCUUAUUCCUUGUGAUCUUGUUUUAUUACGGGGGUCAUGUAUUAUCGAUGAAGCCAUGUUGACAGGAGAGUCAGUACCACAGAUGAAGGAAUCCAUAGAAGAUUUACCUCACAGUGAAGUAUUUGAUUUAGACCAGCACAGUAAGCUGCAUCUAUUGUCAGGAGGAACAAAAGUAGUACAGCAUUCUCCACCCUUAAAAACAUCUGCAGGUCUUAAAGCCCCUGAUAAUGGAUGUAUAGGAUAUGUUCUACGCACUGGAUUUAACACAUCACAGGGCAAACUACUUAAGACAAUCCUAUUUGGUGUAAAGCGAGUGACGGCUAAUAACUUGGAAACAUUCCUAUUCAUUUUGUUUCUGCUGGUAUUUGCUAUAUCUGCUGCUGUAUAUGUCUGGGUUAAAGGUACAGAGGACCCCAAUCGUAACCGCUACAAGCUAUUCCUGGAAUGUACUCUAAUAUUAACAUCAGUGGUACCACCAGAGUUACCUAUAGAGCUGUCGUUAGCUGUCAACUCUUCACUCAUAGCCUUGCAAAAACUAGCUGUAUACUGUACUGAGCCCUUUAGGAUUCCAUUUGCUGGUAAGAUUGACAUCUGCUGUUUUGAUAAAACUGGAACCUUAACAAGUGAUAACCUGGUUGUGGAAGGUGUUGCUGGACUAAGAGAUGAUGGUGAAGUGAGCUCAAUAGCAGAAAUACCAGAAAACACUUUGCAUGUCUUAGCUUCAUGUCAUUCACUUGUGUGUCUGGAUGACAGUAUUAUUGGAGAUCCACUGGAAAAAGCAGUGCUUCAGUCAGUGGAAUGGAGAAUUACUAAAGGUGAUCUAGUGAUUCCUAACAAGGGUCGGCGAGUAACUAUGCGCAUUAUGCACAGGUUUCAUUUUGCUAGUGCACUCAAAAGAAUGUCUACUGUAGUUUCACUACAAACUCAAGGUUCAACAACAAGUGAUUAUUUUGCUGCUGUAAAAGGAGCACCAGAAACACUAAGAAGCAUGUACACCAAAGUACCAGAUAACUACGAUGAUGUCUACAACAAAAUGACUUGCCAAGGAGCAAGGGUGUUGGCACUUGGAUUUAAGAAACUGGGAGAAUUAGCUGCCAAAGAGGUUCGAGAUUUAACACGUGAAAGUAUCGAAAGUGAGCUUGAGUUUGUUGGUUUUGUUAUCAUAGCCUGUCCUUUGAAGGUGGACUCCAAGAACGUCAUAAAACAGAUUCAAGACUCUUCACAUUAUGUUACCAUGAUUACUGGCGAUAACCCUUUAACUGCUUGUCAUGUUGCUAAGGAGCUGAGACUUACCAAAAAGGAAACACUAGUCAUGACUCCUUCUGUGACGACAACAGCCAGUGAAACUGGGAAAGAUAAGUGGCAUUGGGAACCAGUUGAUGGAUCUUUCAAGCUUCCUCUUAUUCCACCCAGAGGAUCCAAUGAUCUUACUGCCAAGUAUGACCUGUGUUUAACAGGAGAGGCGUUUUCAUUCCUGCACAUGUCACCCAACAUGUCUAGUUUUCUGGAUUCAGUGUUGCCUCUUGUACGAGUGUUUGCUAGAGUAUCACCCAAGCAGAAGGAGCUAGUGAUUACAAGACUCAAAAGUAUGGGAUACAUAACAUUGAUGUGUGGUGAUGGUACCAAUGAUGUUGGAGCACUUAAACAUGCCAACUGUGGCGUCGCCUUGUUGACUGGUGCCCCAGAACGCCUGCCAGACCAUGGGAAACGAUCAACUAGUAAACACAAGGAUGACGUCAGUACCUCAUCUAAAUCCAUGGCUGAUGGUAAAGCCAGUAAUGACAUCACGAUUGUAUCCCGAGGAAGAGUCAAUGCUGCUUCUCAUUCCAAGGGGUCGUCACGUGCUGCAAAGAUGAGAGCAGUUGCCCGAGGAGAAGAUACCAGUAAACCAGACCCACAGAAAAAGUUGCAAGAAAUGUUGAAACAGAUUGACGAGAUGGAUGGGAAUCAAAUUGUACAACUCGGAGAUGCUUGCAUCGCGUCUCCAUUCACGUCAAAGUUAUCUUCGAUUAAUUGCGUGUGCCAUAUUAUCAAGCAAGGUCGAUGUACUCUCGUUACAACGCUACAAAUGUUCAAAAUCCUGGCAUUGAAUGCGUUAAUAUUGGCCUACAGCCAGAGCGUUCUGUAUCUGGAUGGUAUCAAGUUCGGUGACGGGCAAGCAACUUUACAGGGAAUACUUCUCGCUGGCUGCUUUCUCUUUAUAUCAAGAUCUAAGCCCCUCUCGGUGUUAUCGAAACGCCGGCCGCUUCCCAACAUAUUUAAUGUUUACACAAUCCUAACAGUUUUGGCUCAGUUUGCGGUACACUUUGUGGCUUUGGCAUAUAUGGUAAAGCAAGCAAAACGGCUCACUCCAACCAGCGCCACAUUCCAUGUGAAUCUAGAGUCCAAAUUCGAACCCACAAUUCUCAAUAGCACUGUAUACAUCAUAUCCAUCGCGCUGCAGUUACUGACAUUUGCUGUCAACUACAAGGGUCAUCCGUUCAUGGAAAGUCUUGUUGAAAACAGACCGUUAAUGUACAGUUUGCUCGCUUCUGGUGGAUUCGUAGGGCUGUUGAUCACUGGUUCUAUGCCGGAACUAUCCGAACAAUUCCAGAUCGUACCAUUCCCUUCUAAGUUCCGUGAGUUAUUCGCACAAGUCAUACUGGCAGACAUAGUUCUAGUUUAUCUAGUGGAUCGCAUACUAGAGUUUUUAUUUGGUUCUUCUAAAAGAAAACAACUUUAACUUCAUCAUUACUCGUAGAAUAUUAUAAUAAUUAUGGAAUUUAACUUAACAGCUGUCGAUAACAGGUAUGCAUAAGGAAAUAUGGUUGUACUCCACUGGCAGAAAAUAAAUAAAAUUCAAAUACUUACAGUCAA